AUGUCUUCAUCAGUGGCCACUUCGACUUCUUCGUCGUCAGGCAAUCUGAGACUGACCAAUGGUGUUAAAACAGUUAAUGGGAUCUAUACAAUAGGUCCAGAAAUAGGUAAAGGAUCCUUUGCCACAGUUUAUAAAUGUUAUAAUACUAAUACUCAUACGGCUGUUGCUAUUAAAUCAGUUAUAAGAUCAAAUUUAAAAUCAAAGAAAUUGGUGGAAAAUUUAGAAAUUGAAAUAUCCAUAUUAAAAGCCAUGAAACAUCCUCAUAUUGUUGGUUUAUUAGAUUAUCAACAAACUAGUUCACAUUUCCAUUUAGUGAUGGAUUAUUGUUCAAUGGGUGAUUUAUCAUAUUUUAUAAGAAAAAGAAAUCAAUUAAUUAAAACACAUCCAGUAAUAUCUUCUUUAUUAGAAAGAUAUCCUUCUCCUGAAGGUUCUCAUGGUUUAAAUGAAACUUUAGUAAUUCAUUUUUUAAAGCAAUUAUCUUCAGCUUUACAAUUCUUAAGAGAUAAAUCUUUAAUUCAUCGAGAUUUAAAACCUCAAAAUUUAUUAUUAUGUCCUCCAUUACAUUCAAAACAACAAUUUAUUGAUGAUAAUUAUGUUGGAUUAUGGGAAUUACCUAUAUUAAAAGUUGCAGAUUUUGGUUUUGCCAGAUUUUUACCUUCAACUUCGAUGGCUGAAACUCUUUGUGGUUCUCCACUUUAUAUGGCUCCUGAAAUUUUAAGGUAUGAAAAAUAUAAUGCUAAGGCCGAUUUAUGGUCAGUUGGUGCAGUAUUAUAUGAAAUGACCGUUGGUAAACCUCCAUUUAAGGCUGGUAAUCAUAUUGAAUUAUUAAAAAAUAUUCAAAAAUCUCAAGAUCGAAUUAAAUUCCCUAGUGCUGCUCAAGUUCCGGAAUCUUUAAAAUCUUUAAUUAGAUCUUUAUUAAAAUAUAAUCCAACCGAACGAGUUUCAUUUAAUGAAUUCUUUCAAGAUCCAUUAAUUAUUAAUGAAUUACAAUCAAAUGAUGUUCCAUUAGAAACUUCAGCUAAUAUGGAUGAAAAUUUAUUCAUUAGUGAAUAUAUAAGUCCAAUAAAACCACAUGAAAGAAAUCAUCAAUCUCAAUAUAUUACUUCAUCACCUCCAAUUCAUGAAUUAACUCCUUAUAAAGAAAAGGAACCACAAGCACAAGCAGAAGUUACCAGAGAUGAAGAAAUUAAGAAAAUUAUUUAUAAAAAUAGUCCAGCCCCAGAAUCAGUUACAGCUCAUCAAUCACUUCAUAAAUCAACUACUAAUCAAUCUAAUAUAAAUUCUAGGGAAAAGGAAGAUAUUAUUUUAGAAAAGGAUUAUGUGGUUGUAGAAAAAAGAGCUGUUGAAGUAAAUGCCAUUGCUGAUGAAUUAGCUCAUGCUGGAAGUGGAGCUGUGGCUAUUAAUAAUAAACCAAGAAAGACUCUGGCGGGUUCACUUGGAAGUAAUAAUGGUAAUGGUGGAAGUUUUGGAAAUGGAAAUAAUGAGAUUCCUACGGCAGCCAUUAGAUAUCGAAGAUCAUCACUGAAUGGAAGUCAAAGACGUCCAAGUUUUGCUGAUCGUAGAAUCUCUAUUUCAAUAAGUCCUAGUACAGCAUUAAGUAAAGCUAUUGGAUUAGCAUCUCAUAAAUUAUUCGGAGUAUCUCCUACAACAACAACAAAUACAACAACUACAGUUAAAAAUAGUAAUAGUAUACCAGAAGAAAGUGGAUUACUUAAUGGUAAUACAUAUUCAACUAUUUAUUCGAGUCCCAAUUUUGCUAAUCAUUUAUUAUUACAAAAGUUAAAUUUACCCACAUUAACCAGUUUAACAGAAAAUACUGAAUCACAACCACAAGUUGUUACUAAAGAUGAAAUUGUAUUACAAAAAUUAGAAACUUUAGCUACAAAAUCUCACGCUAUUAAAUUAUUUGCUGAUGUUAAAUUUAGUCAAUUAAUUCCAAGUCCUCCAUCAAAUGAUAGUUUAGAUGAUGAUUUAUUACAUCAAAAUGAUAUGUUACCUCCUACUAUGAUAAAAGUUAUAAGUGAAGAAGGAGUUGUUUUAUAUCUUAAGACAUUAUCAAUUUUAAAUAAAGGAAUGUCAAUUGCAAGUGAUUGGUGGUAUGAACAAGCUGAUCAACCAUCAUCAGAAGUAGAAAAGGAUAAUAUUUCUCCUAAUACUUCUGUUCAAAUUCGAAUUAAUGAUUUAGUACAAUGGAUUCGAGAAAAAUUUAAUGAAAGUUUAGAAAAAGCUGAAUUUGUUAAAUUAAGAUUAGAAGAAGCCAAUACAUUAAUUGCAGAAGAACAACAUCAACCAUCAUCAUCAUCAGCAUCUAAUUCUGCAUCUUUAACAUUUGAUAUAAAUAAAUCAUCAGCUAUAGCUGAAAAGAUUAUAUUUGAUCGAGCAUUAGAAAUUAGUCGAAAUGCUGCUGUAAAUGAAUUAGUUCAAGAAGAUUUAAAAGGUUGUGAAUUGGCUUAUGGAACUGCCAUUUGGAUGUUAGAAGCAUUAAUUGAUGAUGAUCAAUCAAAUGAUGAAGAUAUGAUUAAUUCAUCAGUAGUUGAACUGAAAUUAGAUCCAGAAGAUCGAGCUGUGGUUGAGAAAUUCAUUGUUAGUAUUGGCAAUCGGUUAUCGGUAUUAAAGAAGAAGUUAGAACUUCUCCCAUAA